AUGGGCUUCGAGGUGCGAUUUGGAAAGGUAUGUGAACAUCAUGAGCCCGCGUACGGGCCAUGGCCUACCAGCAGCGACCCGGCCUCGCGGCCGUGGGUUAAGAGUGGCAGUGACAGUGGCAGUGACAGUGACAGUGGCAGUGACAGUGACAGUGGCAGUGACAGUGACAGUGACAGUGACAGUGGCAGUGGCAGUGGCAGUGGCAGUGGCAGUGGCAGUGGCAGUGGCAGUGGUGGAAGCGAAGGAGGAGGCCGAGACGCGAUGCCAUUGGCUGCGGAGGAGGUGCUGUCGCCAGCGGCAGUGGAUCAAUCCACGUGGGCGGCCAGGGGGGGGGUCAAUAUAUUCCGACAACCUUACCAGCACUAG